UGUUGUUGUUUUUUUUUUGUGUGCACUUGAUUAUUGGUCAGACGUGCGAUUACGUGAAUUCAGUUAGAAGCAUUAAGAAUUGUUAUUAAUUGCGAACAAUACAAAAUGAACGCAGCUCCACGUGCCGCCAUCAAUCAGCUACUACGACGCGCCUACAGCGCUGCAAGUGGUGCCUCCAAGCCCACAAUCACUUCGAGUGCCGCUCCAGCUUCAGCUCCUGUUAAGAAUGUGACUGGUCUGAGCAGCGCCUGUGUGAAGCCCACAUCGACACCAGUUGGACCAGGAGCGUCAGCUAGCAGCGGAUACAAAGUGCCCGAAUAUUUCUGCUUCAAUCGCUUCUCUUAUGCCGAAGCUGAGGUUGAGAUGGCCAAAUAUCGCUGCCCUCAGCCAUCUGCGGUGAAGAAGUAAAAGCGAUUAAACAAACAAUGUAAUUAUUUAGAUGAAAUGCAUAUGUAUAAUAAAAAACGUUAAAGAAAACGCA